AUGGACGGCCGGCAAGACUUAAGUGAAUGUGAAGUUCGCAAGACGGGCCCAGAGUCUCCUUCAAACGAGCUGACGUGUCCUCAGAACUGGAUCGAAAACGAAAAUCGGUGUUAUAUCAUAUCCUCCUUACAGAAAUCUUAUGAUGGAGCGAGGGAACAUUGUGCAAACUUUGAUGCAAAGCUCCUCGAAAUAAAUUCAAAUGAGGAACAGAAUGUUGUUUCCAACGCUCUCGUUCAUCAACACAGAACGUACUGGAUUGGAAAAUGCGCACACGGGGAAGCGGCUUCUAGUCUUAUGUACAAGCAUGGCACGGCAACGUCCAUCUGCGGUAACUGCGACUCGGACCCAUGGCGGGACUAUUGCAAUGGUCAACACCAUCUCAUCUGCGAGAAGUCUGAACAUUUGUUCAAGGAUAUUCCCAAAAAGAUCCAGGAUCUCUGCCAACAGUCCCUCGGGUCCACGUGAAUCACAUUACAAUCCGUUUUUCUCUCCCGUCUAUCUUCUCCACUCUUAUCCUCAUCCUCACAUUACCUCUACACCCACUCUGUCCCUCCCCCAACCAUUCUCCUCCACAACUCACAUCCCCUUCCCCCCAACACUCUCCUACAUUCCUCUUUCCCCAUCAAUCUCCUUCUUUCUCGCCAUCAUUCCCACUCUUCUCUCCCUUUGCACAGUUCACCUCACCGCCUUUUCUGUUACCUCUCUCCCUCCUCUCCACCCUUUCUCACCUGACUCCUGUGCACUUUGCUUCACAGAUUACCCACCCUCGGGUAACCGACUGUGCGCAUUCACUCUAUCUACGCCCCUCGGGGUUUAACAUUCCUCUAUAAUGUCACCCGUGCUCCCCAAAGAAUCAAUUCCUCACGCCAGCCCGGUCUCCACAACUCUGCCACUCGAAUCCCAGCAACAUCCUCGUAAAUCUUCCUCUGCUCCCUUUCUAUCUCAUCUUUCCUGCAGCAGGGCGACCAGAACCGAACACAGUACUCCGAGUGUGGCCUCACCGAUGUCCUGUACAACUGCAAUGUGACCUCCCGACUCCUGUACUCAGUGAAGACCAGCGUGACACAUGUCCUGUCUAUCUGUAUCGCGUGUUUGCCACCGGAAUCACCAUCUGAUUUAUUGUCUGUGACUUAUACCACCCGAGAGUUGAUCAUUUGUACAAUCAGUACUGCGCAAAUAUGUAAAUUUAAUGUAAGAUCCAAAAAUUAAUAAAUACA